AACUUUCAACUUUCAAAUACAAAACAAAACCCCCUCUAACCCCGCAAACACAACGACAACAACACAAAACAACAUCACUCCUCGUCCAACCCGAUCACCAGCAACAAGGAGAACAAGAACAUUCUCUCUCUCACACUCUCUCUCCAUUGAGUCUACAAAACCUGCAAUCUGAGGGAGCAAAGAGAAACAAUCAACCCAUCAACCAUGUCAGGCGCAUCAUCAGCAACUCCCGUUCUGAAGGACGAGCUCGACAUCGUGAUCCCCACGAUCCGCAACCUUGAUUUCUUGGAGAUGUGGAGGGCAUUCUUCGAGCCUUACCAUCUCAUCAUCGUGCAGGACGGUGAUCCAACCAAGACCAUUAAGGUCCCUCAGGGCUUCGACUAUGAGCUCUACAAUCGCAAUGACAUCAACCGCAUUCUGGGUCCUAAAGCAUCUUGCAUUUCCUUCAAGGACUCUGCUUGCAGAUGCUUCGGCUUCUUGAUGUCCAAAAAGAAGUACAUCUUCACCAUCGAUGAUGACUGCUUUGUUGCGAAAGAUCCAUCUGGCGCUGAAAUUAAUGCCCUGCAGCAACACAUUAAGAACCUUCUGACCCCAUCAACCCCAUUUUUCUUCAACACUCUCUAUGAUCCUUACAGAGAAGGUACUGAUUUUGUUCGCGGGUAUCCAUUCAGUUUGCGUGAAGGUGUCCCAACAGCAAUUUCUCAUGGCCUCUGGCUCAACAUUCCUGAUUAUGAUGCCCCAACUCAGCUUGUCAAGCCUCUAGAAAGAAACACUAGGUAUGUGGAUGCAGUCAUGACAAUUCCAAAGGGAACCCUCUUCCCCAUGUGUGGUAUGAAUUUGGCCUUCAACCGUGAACUAAUUGGUCCUGCGAUGUACUUUGGACUCAUGGGCGAUGGGCAACCUCUUGGGCGCUAUGAUGAUAUGUGGGCUGGGUGGUGCAUGAAGGUCAUAAGUGAUCAUUUGGGACUUGGGGUCAAGACAGGUUUGCCUUACAUAUGGCACAGCAAAGCUAGCAACCCUUUUGUGAACCUUAAGAAGGAGUACAAAGGGAUUUACUGGCAGGAAGAGCUGAUCCCAUUUUUCCAAUCUGUUUCACUUCCAAAGGAUUGCACAACUGUGCAGGCAUGCUAUGUUGAACUCUCCAAGCAAGUUAAGGCAAAACUUGGUGGGGUUGAUGAGUAUUUCAACAAGCUUGCAGAUGCCAUGGUCACAUGGAUUGAAGCUUGGGAUGAACUAAACCCAUCUGGGGGGAAAUCUGAUGCAUUGGUCAAUGGUGUGGCGAAGUAAAUUGUUGACAUGUGCGGCUCUAGGGAUAUAAAUUAUUGGGAAAGGCAGAGGAUUUGGUUAUACUUAUCAUUUUACUCUUUUUUUUUUCCAUAGAAUAAUAAAAUUUGAGUGAAAUUUCAAUUUGUAUCUUAUUAUAUAUUUUCUACAGGUUGGAAUUAGCUUAUUAUUUAUUCGACUGAGCAUGUUAACUUUUAAAUUUCAUAUUGAGAUUAUUGGUUUUUGGAU